AGUAUGAUAGAGUUCUAGUCUAGAUCACUCUUCUAAUUCUAUAUUGACUAGUCUAUAUAGUAUAGACUAUUCCUUCUUUGAGUGUAUUAACAUAUCUUAUAUACAAGUAUAACUAGAUAUGAAAAUAAUUCGAUCCAAACUAAGGUUUAGGUACUAGUUUUUAUAUCUGAGCUUUUUUGAUCUGGAAUAUAUUAAAUAUUUCUUUAAUGGAUUGGUACAUUUCAAGCUGUGUUUUCCAAUUACUUUUAAAUAAAAUUAGAUUUAGUUUAUAGAUGGACUAUCCAACUCAACAUUUCUAUUCUACAUUCUUUUGGGUCUCGUUUGCUUUUUAAUGUACUGCUGCAAUGCCUGGUGGCUCAAAUUGUGCUAUUGUUGGUUGCCAUACUCUGAGAGCCAAAUGUCGUGGUCUUUCUUUUCACAAGUUACCAAAGAAAGGUAAAAAUGAUGUAUGGCGAAAUGAUCUUAUUGCUCUGAUUGACCGUGUUGAUUCUAGCUUUAAUCCUGAUACUGCCACAAUAUGUUCCCGUCAUUUCAAAGAGAGUUGCUUUGUACCAACUAACAACAGCCAUUCUACACCAGAUAAAGAUGUGUAUUUCAAGAAGAAACCACAUUAUCUUAAACCUGGAAGUUUACCGACAGAAUACAUGCCACAAAAGUCAAUAGUUACACAUAAGCCUAUUCCACGUAAAGUUCCACUACCUCGUGAUCCACCUCCACUACCGUCAUGUGUCAAGUACAGAAAUUUGUCUGAACUGAAGAAGGAUGUUUGUAAUCCUCAAUGCUUACCAUCUCCAUGGUGUUUGCUGGAAGUUAGUGAAAAUCAGAUAAUGGUUGGUAUGUUGAAUGAAAAGAAAACAACAGUGAAAUUAAAACUAAAAAUUUCAGAAGACUUAAAGGUUUCUGCUUCAAUGAUGGAAAAUCCUAUUCCAAAUUUCAAUGAAAUUAUGGAAAAUAUAUCAAUUUUUAAAUAUUUAAAGAGCUUUUCAGAGCGAACAUUUUGCCCUGGAAUACUUGAUAAUAACUUACAAAUGUAUGCAGAUUCUAAAUAUAGUGAUGAUCAGAUUUAUUACAAAGAAUUUUAUAUUGGCAGUCAGGAAACUGUAAUUAGAUCUACUAAAUGUGAAGUACUAACUAAGCAGACAUCAACUGGUUUCAUAUGUAAAAAUUGUAAUUAUGCAAAACGUUUAUUGAAUAAUAAGUUACUAAGAGCAAAAUCAAGAGAUUCUAAACCAUUAAGCAAACAGGACCCCUUACAUAAAGCAACAAGAGAAAAGAUUAUUUCGCAACUAAAAAAUGCUAGAAUGGAAACAAAUUACUGUCAACAACAAUUAAAACAAUUUCAAUCUACUUUGAUGACAGAUAGUGUUGAACUUAGUUAUCAUUUGAGCCAGGAUUUAAAAAAUGUUAUUGAACACACAGACAAUGAAUUAGCAAAACUUUUCUGGGAAGAGCAAAUGAAAGCAUUUUCAAUAAAAGAAAAAGGAAUGAGAUGGCAUCCAAUGCUGAUCAGAUUAGCAAUUUUAAUAAGAAGUAGAAGCCCGUUAGCAUAUGAUACUUUACGGAAAACUGGGAUUUUAAAACUGCCAGGAGCUUCCACGUUACGAGACUACACAAAUGUAUAUGAGUCUAAAGAAGGGUUUAAUGAAUCUUCAAUAGAAGAACUCAAAAGAAUAUCACAAAAUUUUAAAAGUGAAGAAAAAUUUGUUAUACUUCUUCAUGAUGAAAUGAUGAUUAAAUAUGAUUUAGUUUUCAAUAAAACAAAUGGUGAAGUUGUUGGUUUUAUAAAUUCUCAUACAUGGAAUGAAAAAUUAGAAAAAAACAUUGCCAGUCAUGUGCUAGUUUUUUUUGUAGUAGGUAUCAACACACAUAUUAAUAUUAGUCUAGGUUUCUUUGGAUCAAUAAAUAUUGCAUCAGGUGAUCUAUUCCCUUUAUUUUGGCAAGCAGUGGGGUAUUUGGAAACAGAUUGUAGCUUAAAAGUAAUCGCUUCGACAAGUGAUAAGGCCUCUUCCAAUCAGAAAAUGUAUCAAAUGCAUAAAAUAGAUGAUAAUGAUGAAAUCUGCUUUAAAUGUGUAAACCUCUUUUCCCCAGAUAGGUUCAUAUUUUUUAUCUCUGAUCCACCUCAUUUAAUUAAGACAGUGAGAAAUAAUAUUCUGAACAGUGGUUAUGGGCAGACUCAUUUAUUAUGGAACAAUGGGAAAGAAAUACUUUGGAAACACAUAUUUGAUGUAUAUAAUAUUGACUGCCAGACUGAAACAAGACAAACAAAAUUAACAGCAGAACAUGUUAAUCUGAAUAACAUUUCAAAAAUGAAUGUUCGUUUGGCGGCACAAGUUUUGAGCUUUUCUGUGGGCACUAUGAUGGGAGCUAGGUUAGGACCAGAAGCAGAGGAAACAACAAAACUUAUUCUUCUAAUGAAUAGAUUUUUUGAUUGUCUUAACGUGUCAUCAUUACUAGGAGGAACAUACAAAUGCAAUUCUGAUUUGCUCCCAUAUACCUCAUUAAAUGAUGAAAGAUUUUCUUUUCUUGAAAAUGAAGUUUUAGGAUAUUUUAAGGAGUGGAAAAUGAAUAUUGAGAAGCGUCCAGGAUAUUUUACAAAUGUGCAAAAAAGCAAGAUGUUUAUUUCUCAUCAGACGUUCAAAGGCUUAGAAAUGACUGUUAAAGGUUUCUGUGGAGCCACACGAUAUUUGCUUUCGCAUGGUGUUCCAUCAGUCCUUAGCAAUAAUUUCUGUCAAGAUCCAUUAGAAGAACACUUUGGAAGGCACAGAGGAUUGGGUCAAAGAUCAGAGAAUCCAACAUUGUAUGCAUUCGGGUAUCAGGAAAAUAAAUUACGCAUACAAAGAAGUCUAGCUCUUCAGUUACACCCAAAGGGCAAUAUUCGUAGACAAAAUGAAAUACCAGUUUCCAUCAAUACUAGUCCAUUGAAAAAACUGAAGAGAGUUUAAAAUAUGUUGAUGUUUUCAAAAAUUUAUUCUGGAAAUGAUGGACAUAUAAAUAAAUUAAAUUACAAUAAAUUACAUUUUAAUUACAAUAAAUAAUUGAAGUAGUUAAUUUACUGAUUGUGACUGUUUGCCACAAUGUUUAGUUAAAAAGAAUAAUUUUUUUUUAGUUA